UUCAGAGAAUGGCAGCUGCGUUACAAACGCGGACAUUGCAGGCGAUUUUCCAUGAGUCUGAACAGGUCAUCAGACAGCUGACUGAGCAAGAGAUCGAGGAGUUCAAAGAGGCAUUUCUUCUCUUCGACAAGGACGGAAAUGGAACGAUUUCCACUAAGGAGUUGGGCGUUGCUAUGAGGGCUCUUGGCCAGAAUCCAACUGAACAGCAAAUCCUCGAGAUCAUCAACGAUGUGGACAUUGACGGCAAUGGACAGGUGGAGUUUCCAGAAUUCUGCGUGAUGAUGAAAAGGUGGGCGCAAGUUACUCGACUUUUUGAGUAA